AUGGAGGCAAUCAAUAGGCUAACGGCCGACAAACCGGUGGUGAUAUUCAGCAAGAGCACUUGUUGCAUAUCCCACACCAUCAAGACACUCAUCUGUAGCUUCGGAGCAAACCCCACAGUUUACGAGCUUGAUCAGCUGCCCAAUGGACAUCAGCUGGAGAGCGCACUCACAACCCCAUCCGGGCGGAGGACCACCUUCCCUGCAGUCUUCAUCGACCAACAACUCGUAGGCGGUGCCAACGAGGUCAUGAGCCUUCAUGUCAAGGGAGAGCUGGUCCCACUGCUCAAGAAGGCUAGAGCUAUCUGGGUAUAG